CCCCCCCGCCGUAUAUGUGACCAUGGCCGUACCGGCUGCUUUGAUCCCUCCGACCCAGCUGGUCCCCCCUCAGCCUCCGGUCUCAACUUCUGCCGCCUGCACCACCACCACCACCACCUCCUCGUCGGCCACCUCCUCCUCUCCGUCUCCGUCCAUCGCUCCCCCGCCGGCCGCUUCAGGGACAAACCUAUUCCGGCCGGAGCCCAUCGCAGCAGCGGCGGCGGCAGCAGCGGCGGCCACAGUCACCUCCACCAGCAGCGGCGGCGGCGGUAACGGCAGCAGCAGCGGCGGCAGCGGCGGCGGCAGCCCCAGCCUGGGCACCGCCGGCGGCGGCAGCAGCGGCGGCGGCGGCGGUAGCGGCGGCACCUCUACUCCCAAUGCCAGCGCGGCCGGCGCGGCCAGCAGCCUGCCCGGCAAGCCCGUGUAUUCGACCCCGUCCCCGGUGGAGAACACCCCCCAGAAUAACGAGUGCAAGAUGGUGGAUCUGAGGGGGGCCAAAGUGGCCUCCUUCACCGUGGAAGGCUGCGAGCUCAUCUGCCUGCCCCAGGCUUUCGACCUCUUCUUGAAGCACUUGGUGGGGGGCUUGCACACGGUCUACACCAAGCUGAAGCGGCUGGAGAUCACGCCCGUGGUCUGCAACGUGGAGCAGGUCCGCAUCCUGAGAGGGCUGGGGGCCAUCCAGCCCGGGGUCAACCGCUGCAAACUCAUCUCCAGGAAGGAUUUCGAGACCCUCUACAACGACUGCACCAACGCCAGUUCUAGACCUGGAAGGCCUCCUAAGAGGACUCAAAGUGUCACGUCCCCAGAGAAUUCUCAUAUCAUGCCACAUUCUGUCCCAGGCCUAAUGUCUCCUGGAAUCAUCCCGCCAACAGGCCUGACAGCAGCAGCUGCAGCAGCAGCAGCUGCCACCAACGCCGCCAUAGCAGAAGCAAUGAAAGUGAAAAAAAUCAAAUUGGAAGCUAUGUCCAACUAUCAUGCAAAUAAUAACCAGCAUGGAGCAGACUCUGAAAAUGGAGACCUAAAUUCAAGUGUUGGUCUGGAACUUCCUUUUAUGAUGAUGCCCCACCCGUUGAUUCCUGUGAGCCUACCUCCAGCAUCUGUCACCAUGGCAAUGAGCCAGAUGAAUCACCUUAGUACCAUCGCCAACAUGGCAGCAGCAGCACAAGUGCAGAGUCCUCCAUCCAGAGUUGAGACAUCUGUUAUUAAGGAACGUGUUCCAGACAGCCCUUCUCCUGCUCCUUCCCUUGAAGAGGGCCGAAGACCUGGCAGCCAUCCAUCCUCUCACCGAAGCAGCAGUGUGUCCAGCUCUCCUGCACGGACCGAGAGCUCUUCAGACAGAAUUCCUGUCCAUCAGAACGGGCUAUCUAUGAACCAAAUGCUGAUGGGUUUGUCACCUAAUGUCCUGCCUGGACCUAAGGAGGGUGAUCUGGCUGGUCAUGACGUGGGACAUGAGACAAAAAGAAUACACAUUGAGAAAGAUGAGACCCCGCUCUCCACACCAACCGCAAGAGACAGCCUUGACAAACUUUCUCUAGCUGGGCAUGGGCAGCCACUACCUCCAGGUUUUCCAUCUCCUUUCCUAUUCCCUGAUGGAUUGUCCUCCAUAGAGACCCUCCUGACUAACAUCCAGGGUCUACUAAAGGUUGCUAUAGACAAUGCCAGAGCUCAAGAGAAACAGGUCCAACUGGAAAAGACAGAGCUGAAGAUGGAGCUCUUCAGGGAAAGAGAACUGAGGGAAACACUUGAAAAGCAAUUGGCUGUGGAGCAGAAGAACAGAGCAAUAAUUCAAAAAAGGCUAAAGAAGGAAAAGAAGGCAAAGAGGAAAUUGCAGGAAGCACUGGAGUUUGAGACUAAACGACGGGAGCAAGCAGAGCAGACACUGAAACAGGCAGCUUCAACAGAUAGUCUCAGGGUCCUAAAUGACUCUCUGACCCCAGAGAUAGAAGCUGACCGCAGCGGGGGCAGAACAGAUGCUGAAAGGACAAUACAAGGUUCACUAGAUGCCUAUGCCUAGCUCCCAAUCCGGUUUCCCAAGACCCCCUCAUCCCACACAAAAAGAUGGAAGACUUUAUUUGAAAACUACUGUCAUGUAUUGAAUUUUUCCUGCUGAAGAUACCUGUGCUACAGUAAAGAACUUUACAAUAAGACAUUGGCUCAUAAGGGGUUCUGUGGAAAGAAAAGAGUUUUCAAGGCAACUUCCUCAACUUCAUUUAUCAAUGUUCUUCAAAAAUGUAAAGAAUUCUGCAAGAGUGUCCUCCUUCAGUGAUCUCCUGUGGCUCAACUCAGAGACCUAGAGAAUGUUUGUAAAUGUACAGUAGCACUCUUCUUACAGUGAAAAUCUGCAUCUCCCCUCCGGACUAUUGAAUCCAAAAUUACAGGUGGGUCAGAACAAGGCUGAGUAUUCCCUUUUUCAAGGAAUGCAGACUCUGUCCUCCUCUGAUGAUUCUAUAUUUGAGCACAUCAAAUAAUCCUUCCAGUGGUGUCCAAGUACACUUACAGACUGUUAUAUAUCAUACCGAAACCAGCAAGACAGGUCAGAAAUGAACUUAUAGAGGGCAUAAGAGGAUUCUUAUUUAAAAAAAAAAAAAAAAAAAA